CGAGACUAUUGUGUCUUUGAGUCUCAUGCAAUUGCAUUUGCGUCUAGUGGGCGUUUGAAUACUCGUUGAACGACCGAGUCUACUCGUUGGAAAAAUCUUGCGCAAAAGAUGAGCAAAACUGCGGAUGUAGUUGUACUCGACGGUCGAUCUCUCACAACAGAAUGUCUCUACAAGCUUGGUCGUCUAGAGAUGAAAGUUGAUAUAUCCGAGGAAGCUUGGAAACGAGUUGCUGCUGCUCGCGAAGUUGUGGAUAAAGCUGUAGCCAACAGUGCGGAACGCAAAGUCAAAAUAUACGGUGUUACAACUGGAUUUGGCAGGAACGCGCCCCACUACAUAGGUGAAAAACAUCUCAAGCAGCUGCAAACGAGCAUUAUCGUCUCACACGCCACAGGCGUCGGACAACCGCUGACACCAGAAAGAACGCGCAUGCUCAUGGCUCUCAGAAUUAACGUACUGUGUACUGGAAACAGUGGCGUCUCUCGUAGAGUCCUGCAAGCUUACGUCGAUGCAUUCAAUGAAUCGUGUUUGCCUAUUGUUCCAGAGAAGGGCACAGUUGGAGCCAGUGGCGAUCUUGCUCCUCUUGCUCACAUCGCUCUAGGACUGAUAGGGAAAGGAGACAUGUGGAGUCCAUCUACUGGACGUGAGAGCGCCAAGAAGGUGUUGGAGCAACACAAUCUGAAACCGUUGGAACAAGAUGAGUUGAAGCCAAAAGAUGGACUGACUCUUGUAAACGGUGCACAGCUUAUCACUUCACUAGGAUGCGAGGCUGUCGAGAGAGCUGCUUUGAUAUCAAAACAAGCAGAUGUGAUAGCAGCUUUGACUGUCCAGGUACUUCGUGGUAGUGCAGACCCUUACAAAGAAGAGAUUCACAAUGCUCGAAGACAUACCGGACAGAACCAAUCGGCUGGACGAAUGCGCCAACUUCUUGAUUUUAAACGCUUUCCCGACGAGAAUCUUCUGCGACGCCCUGGAGAUGAUGACGCCGAAGUGCAAGACCCGUACUCUAUGAGAUGUGUUCCACAGGUCCACGGUGUGGCGUGUGAUACUACUGAAAUGGUGCGCAAAUGGCUAAACACAGAGCUGAACAGUGCUACGGAUAAUCCUAUCGUUGUUGGUGGUGAGAUAUUGGUGGGUGGCAACUUCCACGGCGAAUACCCUGCCAAAGCCUUGGAUUACCUGGCCAUUGGAGUUCACGAGUUGGCCAGCAUAAGUGAAAGGAGGCUAGAUAAACUGAUGCACGGCAAAGACGAAGGAAAGGACUGUAAACGCAUUCUCCCCCCGUUUUUAGUAAACCCAGAUCCUGUGGAUGGACUAAACUCGGGCUUUAUGAUUGUACACUGCACUGCUGCUUCUCUCGUGUCAGAGAACAAAGGCCUAUGCCACCCGGCAUCUGUCGACACUAUCCCGACGUCAGACGGUCAAGAGGAUCACGUAUCUAUGGGAGGCUGGUCAGCCCGCAAAGCUCUACAAGUAGUCGAAAACGUUGAAACGGUUCUGAGCCUCGAGUUGCUUGCUGCUUGUCAGGGGAUGUACCUGCGUGAGAAGAACCAAUUGAAACUCAAGUUAGAUCAACCGAAACUUACCACGCCUCUCCAAGAUGUUUACAAACUUGUUCUCGAAUAUGUGAAGCUUGACGAAAAGGACAUAUACAUGGGUUGUAAUAUUGAGGCUGUGGGUCGUCUUGUUCGUGAAGGAAAGAUUUGGGAGAAGGUACGAGGGUACCUGACUGAAGACUAGAGGCUGUCGUCUAGCUAGACUAUCAAGAAACCUGUUUUGGCUGCAUUUGCUUAGUUGUUACGGACGCAGUAGUCGUAGCUAUGCCGAUCGCUGCAAUAUCGGAGACUUAUUUUUCGUACGCUAGUAGGCAUCGUUUGCAGUUGCUCGUUCAUCACUUGAAAAGGCUGCAUUCUAGACACAACGUGUGCACGUGUAGUAACCUUGCGAAUACUAAACUUUUGCUUUUACUGCACUC